AUGCCCUGGCGAUACAUUGAUCCGAUCUAUGAGAAACUAUCGAGGCAUUCGACUAUCUAUGGGAAGUAUUGGCAUAUAUUCGUCACUGUUUUUCGUAUAAGCGUUUUGCCAUUUGCUGAUAGUUGCUGGAGUGACGAGCAAAAGGAAUUCAAAUGCAACACACAAGAAGUUGGUUGUCCGAAUGUCUGCUUCAAUGCCUUUGCACCCAUAAACCAAGUUCGUCUCUGGUCUAUGCAAGUCCUGGCCAUCACAGCGCCGCUCUGUUUGUACAUUGUCUACGUUUGUCAUUUGGCCGAAAACAGACGCGAAAAGGAGAAGAGAGAAAAUGAAGAGGGUACCAAUAAUUUGCAGAACCAAAGCUCUGCUGCUAUCAGACGACGAAAAAUUGCUGACCAAAAACUUAACCAUGGUUGUGCAGCACACGAAAAGCUCAAUAUGCAAAUUAUCAUGCCUGAUUAUCUGAACGCAGUAAGAGAGGAUUCUACAAAAGAAAAGCGACUUUGGCGACUUUACAUUCUUAUGGUGAUAUCGAGGACUCUUAUUGAUGCAGUCUUCAUUUACUUCCAGUGGACGAUUUAUCCGUACAAAGAAUAUAUUCCCGAUGUAUAUAAAUCUGCAAUCACAGCCUUACUUAAUCUUGCCGAGUUGAUUUACAUUGGUGUACGUCGCCUCCGUGUCGCCUUUUGUGGAGCUUAUGGUGGUGUCGAUCCGAUGUUCGAGGAUCCAAGCGAAGUUGAGAGCGUCUUUUCUCAGCAAACUGGGAGGUCAUCCAAAGCUUCAUCUAAUCAUGUCCGCUUAAAAACCCCAACUGAAGGCCAGCGAUCGCCCACGAACUCGACACCGUCACCUGUUCUCAAAAUGCAGCCUGGAAAUUACUAUCAUUACAGUGAUGGAUACUACGAGCGCAGGCCCACACUGCUUUACAAGAAACGAGAGGACAGAGAACCUAAUGAUCCGGGUCUUACUGCUCGGAACCUGACGGUCGACGAUGGACCUGAUCGAUUCAGAAGAGGGAGCAUUUACGAGACCUAUUUGGACUCGAAGAACAACAAGAACAACAACUGCAUGUUGCAAAGUUGCGAAGUCAUGAUCAUUCCUCCUUCCGAUGAUAGCCUUUCGUUAAUUUCAACGUACGAGUUGAACUCAAAGCAAUCAACAAAGUUUUAG